AUGAGUUCGGAUAGCCCUUGGGGGAGUCCAGUGAGGGCCCCGGCCUGUAUGGAGGUCCACCUGGGAGCAGUGAGGUACCGGACAGAUGGGGCACUGCUGAUGGCAGCUUCUAGUUUGAAUAGUCGCACUUGGGGAGGUUCUAUUUGGGUUUUUAAGGAUCCUCUGAGAGCCCCUAAUGAAAGCCUUUGCACAGCUGGAGUUCAGACAGAAGCUGGUGUAGUAGAUGUGGCCUGGGUCCUGGAGAAAGGAAUCCUCGUAGCUUCAGAUUCCGGUGCAGUGGAGCUAUGGGAGUUGCUGGAUAAUGAAUCUCUGCUUGUUAAUAAAUUCUCCAAAUAUGAACAUGAUGAUAUGGUCACAUCUCUGAGUGUGUUCACUGGUGGAUCCCAGGCUGUUAGUGGGAGCAAGGAUUUCAGUGUAAAGGUUUGGGAUCUUUCUCAGAAAACUCCCUUGAAAUCCUAUAAAGCACAUUCCAGCUUCGUGAACUGUGUGUCCACCUGCCCUGGAAAAGAAACAAUGUUUCUUUCCUGCAGUGAAGAUGGCAGGGUAUUGCUGUGGGACACCAGAAAUGCUAAACCUGCAAAACGUAUUGAUGUUUGUGCCUCACACAGCAUCCCCACAUAUGUUACGUGGCACCCUGUUGAAGAUGAUACAUUUGCUUGUGGUGAUGAGAAUGGAAAUAUUUAUGUUGUAAAUUUAAAGAAUUCAGAUUCAGCCCAGACAGCGUCCAUACAUUCCAGACCAAUUACAGGACUGGCCUAUUCAAAUCACAGCUCUCCAUUGCUGGCUUCAGUCAGUGAAGAUUGCUCAGUUGUGGUCCUUAAUUCUGAAUCUUCAGUAAUCUUCAAAGAUGAAUCUCACCGUGAUUUCGUAACAGGUGUGGCAUGGUCACCAGUCAGUGUUGAUAGUUUCACAACAGUGGGAUGGGAUCACAAAGUUCUUCAUCACAGCAUCCCAAAGGAGAACAAUCCAGAGCCCAAAGCUGAGGAAAAAGCUUAA